AUGAACGUCUUGCGCUAUCAUCGUCUACGUCUUAACCUCACUCCCAAAAGAUGGCUCUCGACGGUUAAUGGAGGCAAACUCUCAGAGCGUCUCCUCGAACGCCUGAAAAGCUCCGAACCAGAGGUAAUAUCCUCGUCGGGUGAGGCUCUCGGCCGGCGCCAAGUUGCUUCCUCCAAUCUUCUUGACACUCUCAAUCUUGUUGUGACAGAUCAAAAGCAUUCUCAUAAAGGCCGCGAAAAUCAGAAACAGAGAUACAAGAAACGAAAGGAGAAACAAAAGCAGCGGAAAUCUCCUCGAAACAAUGAGCCAACGUCAGCACCUAGCGAGGUUGUUACGCCAGACCAAAUAGCCGGAAUACUUUCGAAUAUUCCUUUGGUGCAAGACGUAGCAGAAGCUAGUGAUGACGUCAUCGAGUCACACAUCGAUUACAACGACAGAGAUGGUGCUCCUCAUAUUCCACGAACACUUCUCUAUACACGACGCGUCGAAGGAGUUCUUCACUCUUUAAAAGAUCCAAUAUUAAAAGGCAUGUGA